CCAGGAACGCCGGCGGCGGGAGAAUCUCUCCCAGGAGAUCAACGACCUCCGGGAGAAGGUCAUGAGGCAGUCCGAGGAGAACAACAAGCUGCAGAACCAGGUGCAGAGGCUCACCGAGGAGAACUCGAACCUCCGCGAGCAGGUGGAGCCCGCCCCCGAGGAAGAGGAAGAGGAGGACGAGGAAGAGGAGGACGAGCUGGAGCUCUGCGGCGCCGCGGCGGCGGCGGCCCCCCUCCCUCCCGCCGAGGAAGAGGGCUCCGAAGACCUGCCCGAGAAGUUUGACGGCAACCCAGACAUGCUGGUGCCCUUCAUGUCCCAGUGCCAGAUCUUCAUGGAGAAGAGCACCCGCGACUUCUCCAUCGACCGCGUCCGCGUCUGCUUCGUCACCAGCAUGAUGACCGGCCGCGCCGCCCGCUGGGCCUCCGCCAAGCUGGAGCGGGCCCACUACCUGAUGCACAACUACCCGGCCUUCAUGACCGAGAUGAAGCACGUCUUUGAAGACCCCCAGAGGCGAGAGGCCGCCAAGCGCAAGAUCAGGCGCCUGCGCCAGGGCAUGGGCUCCGUCGUCGACUAUUCCAAUGCUUUCCAGAUGAUCGCCCAGGACCUGGACUGGAACGAGCCCGCGCUCAUUGACCAGUACCACGAGGGCCUCAGCGACCACAUCCAGGCCGAGCUCGCGCACCUGGAGGUCGCCAGGUCGCUGCCCGCGCUCAUCAGCCAGUGCAUCCUCAUCGAGAGGAGGCUGGCCCGGGCGGCCGCCGCCCGCAAGCCGCCCACCACCACCGCCACCACCCCGACCACCACGACGCGCGUGCUGGUGCUGGCCCGCACCCACCACCAGGUGGACCCCACCGAGCCCGUGGGCGGGGCGCGCAUGCGCCUGACCCAGGAAGAGAAAGAACGACGCCGGAAGCUCAACCUGUGCCUCUACUGUGGGAAUGGAGGCCACUACGCCGACAACUGUCCUGCCAAGGCCUCCAAGGCUUCGCGCGGGAAACUCCCCGGCCCCGCUGUAGAGGGACCUUCAGCGACCGGGCCGGAAAUAACAAGGUCCCCACCGGAUGAUGCUUCAUCUCACCUGCAAGUGAUGCUCCAGAUUCACAUCCCGGGCAGACACACCCUGAUUGUCCGGGCCAUGAUCGACUCUGGCGCCUCCGGCAACUUCAUCGAUCACGAGUACGUGGCCCGCCACGCCAUUCCCCUGAGGAUCAAGGACUGGCCAAUCCUGGUGGAAGCCAUCGACGGACGCCCCAUAGCAUCGGGCCCCGUGGUCCACGAAACGCACGAGCUGAUUGUGGACUUGGGAAAUCACCGGGAAGUGCUGUCCUUGGAUGUGACUCAGUCUCCGUUCUUCCCCAUCGUCCUGGGGGUGCGCUGGCUGAGCACCCACGACCCCAACAUCACCUGGAGCACCCGAUCGAUCAUCUUCGACUCCGAAUACUGCCGAUUCCACUGCCGGGUGUACUCCCCGAUCCCCGCCUUCCUCCCACCGGCGCAGCCCCCCUUCUACUACGCCGUCGAGGGGUUCAGAGUUUACCAGCCCGUGAGGUACUACUACGUGCAGAACGUGUACACCCCCGUGGAUGAGAACGUCUACCCGGAUCACCGCCUGGUGGACCCCAACAUCGAGAUGAUCCCUGGAGCACACAGCAUCCCCAGCGGGCACGUGUACUCGCUGUCCGAGUCCGAGAUGGCCGCUCUGCGGGAGUUCAUCGCCCGGCACGUGAAGGAUGGUCUGAUCACUCCCACCAUCGCGCCCAACGGAGCCCAGGUCCUUCAGGUGAAGAGGGGGUGGAAGCUGCAGGUCUCCUACGACUGCCGAGCUCCCAACAGUUUCACUAUCCAGAAUCAGUACCCUCAGCUCUCUGUUCCCAAUUUGGAUGACCAGGCCCACCUGGCCACCUACGCUGAGUACGUUCCUCAGAUUCCUGGAUACCCCACGUACCCGGCCUACGGCACCUACCCGACCUACCCCGUCGGAUUCGCCUGGUACCCAGUAGGAAGAGAUGGACAUGGACGCCCGCUCUAUGUCCCCGUGAUGAUCACUUGGAAUCCUCACUGGUACCGCCAGCCUCCGGUACCCCAGUAUCCGCCGCCGCAGCCGCCGCCGCCUCCGCCGCCGCCGCCGCCGCCGCCCUCCUACAGCAGCCUGUGAAUUCUGUCACAUCCUUCAGGAUCUCUGCCCUCAGCGUGUGUUCCUGGGCAGCUUCUCCAUCAGUGACUGUGUGCCAACGUGGGCCCCUGUAUCUUCAGGCCAACCUGUCACCUCUGAAGAGCCACAGAAGGUCAGGGCCACCCUGGACUGGCGCACAUCCUGAAAUCACCAAAAGAUCUCUGGGAGCAACAGAAUAUUUGACCAACAAAUUAUCUUCCUUAACUGCCAAUUCUAACCAAAAUUCGCAAGUUGACUUCCCAGUGAAUCUUGGAAAUAUUUACAGAGAA